UUGAUUAUGACCAUUUCCAAAGCGUUUGAACUGGAAUUAGUUGCUGGGUUGGGCCACCGUGAACUUUCGAGGAGAGAGCCGCCCUUAAGAGAUGGCAGUGUCUGGUCCCGGGAGGAGCCUGCUUUUCAUCACCGGGCUUCCCACUUUGUGCCCUCCAUAGGGAUCCAGGACAGUAAGGAGUUAAACAAAACUUGCUGUCUGAAUGGGGGAACCUGCAUGCUGGGAUCCUUCUGUGCCUGCCCCCCCUCCUUCUAUGGUCGCAACUGUGAGCACGAUUCUCGAAAAGAGAACUGUGAGUCUGUGCCCCAUGACACCUGGCUGCCUAAGAGAUGUUCCAUGUGUAAAUGCUGGCGCGGCCGGCUGCACUGCUUUCGGCAGACAUUUCUACCAGGGUGUGAUGGCCACGUGAUGGAUGAGCACUUCCUGGUUUCCAGGACUCCAGAAUUAACACUGUCUUCGGGCACCACUUUUUUGCUAGCUGGCAUCUGCCUUGCUCUACAAAGUUACUGUUAG